CUGGGCCAAGGAAGUGACUCCUUCUGUUGAGACCGUCUGGGACCACAAUUAUCCAAUCACGGAGCUCCAUGUAACACAGCGGGUUCAGAGGGUAAAGGUAAAGAGGAUGAAAAUGGAAGCCGGCAGGCUGCGGUGUUGGCAGUGAACAAAUGGCAUAUUUCAGGACAGGCUGGCGUGCUCUUAAUGCUACAAGAUCUGGAAUGCGGCUCUGUAUUUACUUCUAACAAGUAUAACAACAGAAAUCUUUCCUUAGAGAGUUAUUAUGGCGUUGGUGUUCCAGAUAGUGUGGCGGAUCCUUCACGCCCUUCUCCAUGUACAGCGAACGCUCAUCUCUUGGCUCCGAGGACACCUUUGGAGAUGGAACGGACAGCUCUGGAAUCGAGCCUUUGCUGCUCUGCUAGUUCCUUUAGCACUUAGUUUUUCCAACCACAAAACAAUGAGUCCGACAACAGACAAGCGUGUCUGUCGUCGGCUUAGAUGGGGAGCGGACGGAAGGUCACUCGAAAAGCUGCCUGUUCAUGUUGGAUUGUUGAUCUCUGAGGAACCGCGAUAUACAGAUAUUGCAAACCUCGUCGUUUGGUGUAUGGCAGUUGGCAUUUCGUAUGUCAGUGUGUACGAUAACCAAGGUGUUUUCAGAAGAAAUAACUCCAGACUCAUGGAUGAGAUUCUAAGGCAGCAAAAGGAACUCCUGGAAUUGGAGGGAUCAAAGUACCCGCUUGAGUUUUUAAACAAUGUCACAGACAGACAGGACUGUCAGGUAUUUUCAAAUCAGACAACAGUCAAGGUGUUGUCUCCAGAGGACGGUAGACCCAGUAUUGUGCGAGCGGCACAGCAGCUUUGUGAGGCUGUGGAACAGAAGGAGACCACGUCGAAAGACAUCAGCGUCUCAGUUUUGGACUCCCUGCUUAGAGAGUCUAAGCCCAUACCAGAUCCAGACUUGGUGCUGAAGUUUGGUCCAGUGGAAAGCACCCUUGGCUUCCUCCCCUGGCACAUCAGACUAACAGAGUUCAUCUCCUUGCCUUCCCACAUAGACAUCUCUUAUGAGGACUUACUUGGUGCACUCCAGCGCUAUGCAGUCUGUGAGCAGCGACUUGGAAAGUGAACAGGCCUCUUUGCAGAGAAGGCAAGAAAAAGAUGAGCAGAGGUGUGAGAGAGGAAUGGUGUGUCUGCCACUCUCCGUUUUUACAAUACAAGCACCAGGGCUCCAGUGCCAGCACACCCUUGAAGCUUCUCAUCGCUCAACAUGCAUAUUGGGUCUCCCUCUGGGCCAGGCUCAGUGUGUGUGUGUGUGUGUGUGUGUGUGUGUGUGUGUGUGUGUGUGAGAGUCUGUCUCUCUCUCUGUCUGUGUUGAGCACAUGGCCUUCAGUCCUGUGCACAAAUGACAGAACAUCUGCUGUGUUUGAUGGACACAUUUAGCAAUAAGGUGUAAAUCUAUGGUGGUUCUCUUUCCUCUGCUGCACAGACUCCUCAGUAACAUUCUAACUAGUGUAUAUGGUUUUCUGUACAUGCUCUGAAAAGUUAAGCCUCAGAUGUUGUAGCUGCUUUCCCAUGGUAGAUGCAUUCAAAGAACACACUGCAUGCAAACAAUGUGCUAUGGCAAUUUCAGGCUUUCGUUCAGAAGCAGACCCUGUAAUUUGUGUGUCGUUUGUAAUCCUUAUGUGUGAGUGCACAACCAGUAAGACCGGAGCUUGGCCUCCCAGUGUUGUUAUGUAUAAAGCAUAAAACCUUACCACAUCCUCAGAAGCCUUUUUUUUUAUUUCUUGCACAUGUUUUUUUUUUAUGUUCAGUGUCUGUCAUAGUUGAUCACAUUUUCGUUUCAAAUCACUACUCUGUUCCAUACUGAUUACAGUUGUUUGUUGAGAACAACUUACCUUACUUAAUGUUCUGGUCUUUUUUUUCUGGCUGUCCAUGAGCUGUUUCUGUGUUCUGAGAGAUUCUGUCAGCAUGGACAGCAGGAACCAGCGUAGACUUUACACCAUAAUGCUUACCUUACACUUUUGUCAGUGAAAAGCCUGCGCGCAUUUCUCAGUGCAGUGUGUACAUUAGUUUAACACUACCAGGCCAACACCUGUGUCCAAUAUUAAUGUCCAACAAAUGUGACCGAAAGCCCACAGAUCCACUACUUGCAUUAAUUAUUGUUCUGUGUUGUAGACCUGCCCCUCUGUGCUUCUCUGAUGGUCUCUUAUUGACCUCUCUGCAUUGUCUUUGUGUGAGUAGAUCUGCGAUUUUUAAUGUUAGGACCUCAUUAACAGAGAAGAUAGUGGCAAAAGUAAUGGUGGGUUUCUGGGGCUGCCAGACUCUUAUGGUUAUUAACAGUCUCUAUACUGGAAUCAUUUGGCUGAUCAUGGUGGUACUGAGUAUUUGAGAACUUCUCUGCUCUUUGCUUUGCCUUUUUUGUUAAUCAUUGCUUGUAACAUCCAGGCUUCCACAAUAGUAGUUUUACCUUGUAAAAAUUUGCAGUGAAUGCCAUUAAAAAAUGUUGCCU